AUGGUAUAUACAAUACGCCAUAAAGGCUUCUGGGAUUAUGCAGUUGGAAAUGGCUAUUAUGAUAGAAACUUCCACAACUUCAUCAAGAAAAUUGAGCCACCAAAAGAGCAGACACUGUUUAUCACACGAAAAAACGACUCAUACUUCCCAUUCAGAUACUUGCAUGUAUACAGAACAUUAAAGCGUGCUGGCAAUCAAUUCUUCCAAGGAAAUGAACUCAUUCAAAAUGUCUUCACAUUAAGUCUUCGUGCUAUGUACCAAAGAGUUCCAGAAGAAAUGUUCACCCAAAGAUAUGGAGGUUGGGAUAUGCUAGUUCAUAAAGGAGAGCGUCAUUGGGAGCUUAUGACUUAUAACCAGCAUCCUCUACAACAAGAUCUCUAUGAAAUGGUCAAUAAGUAUAUCCACGAAACUCAAGGAGAGAAAUCUGAAGAAGAAAAAGAAAGAGCUUUAGAAUUUGUUAAGAAAUUAGAUACCUUGACUAAACAAAAGAAGGAAAGGCUUGGACUUAAAGAAUACGAAACUCUAGAGCAGCAAGAUCUUGCAGAUACAUUUGAUGAAGCUAUGAAGGAAGAAAGAGCUGCAAGAGGAUCACAAUUUUAUGUUAAGCCACAAGAGGAGGUAGAAAAAGAAGAUGAGAUUGAAAAUCCUAGAAGAGUUUCAUACUUUUAUUAA